AUGAUUAAGCAAGCAUACGCAGGCGAGGCACUCUCAAGCAGUCGUCUUUUCGAGUGGCCCAAAAGGUUUCGUGAAGGCAAAGAUUCAGUGCAAAAUGAUCCCAAAGCUGAUACCGAUUCAAACGUGGAGCGUGCAAGGCAGGUAUUGCAUGAAGAACGUCGUGUAACUGUGCGUAUGAUAUCAGAACUGAAUUUAAAUCGUGAUGUGUGUAAGAUUUUAUGCGAAGAUUUAGGGAAACGGAAACUUAAUGCAAGAAUCGUCUUUCACUCACUAACAAAUAAACAGAGAGAGGGAAGACGAAAAAUUUCUGCUGAACUAUUGGAUAGAGCCAGACGUGAUCCCACAUUUGUGUCAGAGAUUACUGUGACUUUUUCUUGUUUCCCAGAGUGA